AUGGCCAAUUCAAGCCGUGACCGAGACCGACAACUUCUGCGAGAUCUCAACCGUCUAGACCGCCGACGAGAAGCAGAAGCCACAGAUCGCUCGACCGAAGAUGAAACGAGGAGGCAGAGACUGCAGAGGGUGCUUGCGAGACUGUCUCGCCUGGAAAACUCGAGGCCGACAUCAUAUGGCAUCCCGCCUACAGAGCACCAGUCCCUGUACGACUGGGCUCCUACCCGUACCAACGAAGAUCAGCUCGAGUCUGACCAAGCUGCCUCGCGCCGUCGUGCCUUGUAUCGUCGCCAUGACCUAAGAAGUACUGCCAUUAUGCAAAAUGCUCGUACCAGCGUGCUCUCACCCAGUGCAACACAACAGCUUAACGAAGACACCAACGACACCCAUGACGCCCGGAGCGCAUACCGACGAACGUACCUGGCUGAUAGCCCUGCUGCACAAGAAUCGCUGUCUUCGACAUCUGGGUCACGACCAUCACCUCUACUCGAGUCUGCUGUCAGAUAUCUUGACGAUGUGCGCGAUUGCUCGUCAUACGACGAGUCGCUUUCUGCGGCUUUGGACCAUGGCCUCUUCACUCCUGAGUGCUAUGAUAACCUGAUAACAGAUACGGGAAGCUGCCUGCGUCCACAACUUUCCUCGUGGCUCUCACCAGGGGCCAUUUUUCGAGGUACCCAACAUACCACCACAUCUGCAAAGACAUCUUCCGUGCGCUCGCCCCCAGCAUUCGAUGCCACUCGACCGUGGCUGUCCCAUACUCCAAAUCCAUACUCUCGCUCACUUGCCCCUUCUUUGUCCGGCAAUCCCUUCUCUUAUCUUUCGUUACCCCCGCGAGAUGUUCAGGAUCGAUGGCCAGUCAAGGUCACGAUUCAGGCGGUAGAUUUGACCAAUAUGACUAUGGCUGGUAUCAUGGAGGCCUUUGACGUGCCCAACACAUCACAUCCAUCUGUCGAAACAUGCACGCCGGCACCCCCCAUCACAACAUACUUGGAAGGACAGAUAAUUGACCUGAAUGUUUACACUUUUCUUACGCCCGCCAACGCACCAAAUACAGGCGGCAUUACAUUUCCUCCAACGACAGCUCAAACAGAUGCGUCGUACUGGCGAAACCUACCACCCUUCAACAGCAUGAAGUCGGACGAAGACGUUGCUCGAGCAAUGCUGGAUCGAGCGCAGAUGGACGAUAUCAUGUCUGACUGGAUUUUUAUGCGCUGGAAGGAGCGUUGCUUUAUACAUUCUGAAACAGAUCUUUGCCAUAGACAUGCCGACCAUCCGACUGCUGGUGAAGGGGACGACAACGAUUUGAAUCACGGGUUGACGAUCAGUGGAUUUUAUUAUGUUAGUUUAAGGAGGAGCGAUGGGAACAUUGAUGGGCUUUAUUUUGAUACCAAGACGAGUCCAUACCAACAUUUGAGGCUCUCCGCAAGAAGUAGAGGGACGCUCGGGUCAUGGCAAUUCAAAUGA